AUAACUUGGGUCUCAAGGAAGGCAUGUUGGUGUGAGUGCACUCUUGGAUCAUGAUCCCUGGGGAUUUGGUUUCUGUAUUAUGGCUAGUAUAUUAAUGGGAAAUGCAACUAUCAUUAUUUUGAGUGGUAUGGGAACUCUUUGAAUGCUGUGUCAUUUUGCUGGAAAGCCAUUUUUGUGUAUGUGCAGGGAUGUUAGGGAACUACGUGUUAUGGUUUGGUAUAGUAUGGGGAAAACAAAUAUUGCAUUUUACAAGGAAUUUUCUCUCAAGGGUAACUGAGAUGCAAACAUGGCCUGUGAGUGGCUUUGGAAUACCCACCAUUAUCAAGUGCAAUUGUAACCUUGAUUUUACAUGGCAAGCAACAAAAAGGGUGGCAUGUUUGGGGUGUGAUCAAGUGUGUAGGCUUUGUUUUGACACCUGGCAUUUUUGCAGCUAGCUGAUGGGUAUUUGGCGCAGGUUCUGUUUGUUUGCAUUUUUUAAGUUGGUGUUAAAUUGCUGGUAACUGGUAAAUUCCAGAAGGUAUUUGUAUUUGUGUUGGAAUUAUUGUUGUGAGAACCAGUGGCUUGAUUGGGCUUUUCAUUAUUGUAAUGUACUCUUCAACAUUUGGAUGGUUGAAUCGGGUUAAGUUGAGUGGUUCUUAGUAGCUACUAAGGAAUUCUACUUUUCAGUGUUGUUAUAUCAAGUCUUAAGUCUAUAAGAAUUGUGGAAUUCCACUACCAUCCCAUUUUUCUAGUCUCUGCUGUGCUGUUUAGGUCUUUGUUAUUUGUUGUUGUUUAAUGGGUUUCGUCUGGGAAGUUGCUGCAUACCUCUUUAAAAUCUUGGGUGGUCUCCAUUGGGUUCUGAUUUCCAAUUUAGUUUCACUGGCUGUUCGGGGUGAGUACAGACGGUGCAUAUUGGACAUGACAAAGUACCUUUUGGGUUCAGGAAGAUCGUUAUGGCUUCUGUCCACCAUGUUGCUUUGAACUAUUGGGUACUGUGGUUGCGUGGAAUAUAUAAUGUUACCUUAUUUCUAAUAAUUCACAGUUGGUUGUGAAGAUAAUCUAAUAAUUCACAGUUGGUUGUGAAGAUAAUCGGAUUAAAUUGGUUGCCACUUAAUUUGUGAAUUAUUAAGCUACUGUGAACCUUGCUGUCUUCUACUGGUGGAAUGCUUGUUGGUCUUGCUGCCCUUGAAGCUUGUUUUUGACUGAAGUUAUCGGGACAUACUUGUGCUUGGGUUAUGGUGGUCUGUGUUGGGCUUCACAUAUCAACCAAGUUUCAUUCCCAUUGCUAUUGUGAAGUUAAGGCUGAUCCUGAUUAAUUGAUUUGGUGUUGUUAGUUCAGUACUUAGGUUAGAAACAUAUCUUUAAGGAUGCUCUGGGUGAUGAAAUGGGAGGACAUGACCUGUGAAAGUAGGAAAAAAUGGACUUGUUGGUCAUGUAUGUAGAUUUUGGUGAUUUCAAGUAAUUGGUUUUGGUUUUACUUAUGUGCUGCUCCAGUUGUAUUCAUUGUAAUGGGGGCUAUCAUUUGGAGAGAUAGCAAAAGGCCAUUAUCAUGUGAAUGCCUUACUCUUCCACACUUGGAUAUAGGCUUCGUGCAGGUUCUGGUUCUCCUGUACGUCGUAGGGAUGCAGAUCACAGAUACAAUUCUGAUUUUGAUAAUUCAGGGGCAGAUCACAGAUACAAUUCUGAUUUUGAUAAUUCAGGGGGCCCAUCUCGGGGUCGUGAUUUUAGCAACAGGAAGUAUCAUGGUAGAUUUCAAGAUUCUUCACCCCCUUAUGCUCGAGGAAGAGGUUUUGAUGGGCCUGGACUUGGUCCAGGACCUCAUAGAGGGGAGGACAUGGGUAUGGGUAGGAAUAAUCCAAAUGUACGCCCAAGGGAAGGCGACUGGAUCUGCACAGAUCCUUUAUGUGGCAACCUGAACUUUGCAAGGAGAGAUUUCUGUAACAAUUGCAAGAGGCCUCGCUAUAGAUCUGGAGGGAGUCCUCGGCGGGGUUAUCCUGGCCCCCCACCUCUGCAUGCUCCUCCAAGACACUUUCCUGGUCUUUCAUUGGAUCUCUCUCCAGGCAGGACUAUGAAUGGCUAUAGGUCUCCUCCUCGAGAUUGGGCAAGAGACAGACCCAGAGAUUAUGGGUCUGGUGGUCCACCUCCCAGGCAAGGGGGCCGGUUUGCGUUCUCUGACCAAGACAUGCGGAGAGAUCGAUCUGAUUAUGCAGAUGAUGAAUACAGGGGGAGGAACAAAUUUGACAGGCCAAUGCCAAUGGAUUGGGGUCAUAAUGACCAUGGAAGGGAUAGCUUUUUCCAUGAAAGGAAAGGGUUUGAGAGACAACCACCCUCUCCACCUCUACCUCCGCCUUCACUUCCUCAACGUGGGAGAUGGGGCCGUAAAGGGAGAGACAGGAGCAGAUCGCCAAUUAGCACCACCAAAAGAGUUCAUAAUAUGUACAUGGAGCAGGGGCGGCGAGAUGAUCGGCAUCGUGUUGGGCGAGGCAGAAUGAGAGAUGUGUAUUGAAAGAAGUGAGGCUACAGAGUUUGCAUAGUUCAUCUUGGUAUCAUGGUAGUUCUGUGUUCUUCGCUGGGUGAGGAUGGAUGUUAUGGCACAGCUGAAAACUUAAAUAGGUUUUCUGACUACUAUCGUUGUUGUUUGAUUUUCGCUUUAAUCCGGUCUUCAAGUUUUUCU